CGCAUUAGCUGUAUCACGCAUUGUCUGAGCAUUGCAGAGCUCUCGACGCCCUUCGCGAAUUGCGCGUAUCGUUUGAGAUCUGAUCUUCGAUCUUCUGACAGUACAUAGAACUUUCAGUUAAGAACAGUAGUCAAUUCUCUCGCCUUUGUCCCUUUUUCUCUGCGUCAUGAAAAACAGCGCUGUUCCCACAGUGGUAGCUGACACCAGCAGCGAAGAGAAGAUCUUCGAAUCCUUAAGUGCGGUCGUUGUCCACCGUGCAUUAUAUGAUUGUCCCGAGUGGGGCCCUCGGCAUAAACUCGAAUGUUUAGAUGGCACCUGCACGAAAAUCUUGGAAGAAAUCGAGACAGCUCUGCAGGCAGAAAACAGUACGCUGAUUUGGCUCUCUGGCUCUCCUGGGACAGGGAAAUCUGCGAUUGCUCAUACAAUCGCCAGCCGCUUAAAAAACAAGUCGAAAUUGGCCGGCACAUUUUUCUUUAGCCGCCAACAUAAAGAUAUGCCAGACAUGACCAGCCUUGAUUUCUUUGCGCCUACCUUGGCCUACCAAAUUUCGAAAAGUAAACACCUGGCAAAGGACGCCGUGAUUCAAUCCAUCAGAUCCGACCCUAUUAUCCUCGAUCCAAAGAAGUCGUUUGCUGAACAAAUCCGAGACCUACUAGUCAAGCCGUUACAGAAUUUGCAGGUUUCAUGGGGGCAUUUGGAACCAAAGGCGCUUGUAAUUGAUGCGAUUGACGCAUGCAAAGAAGGACGCAUCUGCGAGCUUAUUUCAUGUCUUUCAAACCUCCUUCACCAGCCGCACAUCCCGCACUUGCACAUCGUCAUCACUAGUCGUCCUCUUCAUGCUAUUGAUGAUGCAUUCGAAGCUAUUGGCUUCGAGGAGUCGAUACAUCGCAUCGCUCUUGAUGAUGUUGAUGUUACUGAAGACCUUCGUCUUCUCUUCAAGCGCGCUCUGGAGAGGAGUUAUAGGCAUCACGGACUCGAAUACCCUGGAUUAGAGUCCGAUGAUCAGACAAUCCUCUGUCUCGCUGACAGGGCAAGCGGUCGGUUCAGAGCUGCGUCAACGAUGAUAAGAUUUCUCGAGACUGACGACGACGACGAAGUGCCGUGCAAUUUGGAUGAAAAAAUCGACCUUAUGAAGGAUCCUGGUGAUGCAUAUUUGGAUUCCACCCAAAUAUUCCGGUUCUACGAGUUCGUCAUCAACCUGUCAGAAAAUCCAACGCGUGCAUACCGGCAUCUGUCCACGGUGGUCAAUCUCGCCAAACCAUUAGCAAUUAUGCACUUGCGGAAGCUUCUGGGAUCUUCAGAAAGUGAUUUAUCGUCCAUUCUCGUGUCGUUAUCUCCAAUAGUCAGCGUCCCUGCCGAUGAUUCUCGCCCUGUCGAAGUUCUCCACACGGAGUCACUUCGCAAAUUUCUUUCUCAACAUCCGUCUUCAUCGUGCACAUUUCAGCUCCUUGCACAGUCUAGUCUGCGCACAAUGAAAAAUUCAUUUCUGCGCCAGUCUGGCCUGAAAGAUGAGCUACAGCAAAUGGCGACACUGACGAAGAUACCUAUUGAAGCAGGUCCACAAUCAGAUAAUGUUCGUAUAUUACGAACACAUGCUAUCCUCACGUUAACAUUUGCACAGGUUUUGUUGGGUUUCCUGAAGUUUUGUUUAGCGCAGCCAUGCAGCAAGACCAUAUAUGCGGCCACAUGGUACCGCGAAUAUGCGCAGUCAGGGACUGGCACUACUUGCUGUGCUCCGCCUACUGUUCAGCCCUGUAAUAUGUCUGAGGACAUAUCUAAGGCUCGGUCGGCACUGAUGAACUUCCGAGCGAAAUCUGAAUUUCGCGACUCACACGUCUUCGAACUCUUGUCAACAUUACAAGCUCUACCAAAAAUGUUGAUCAUCGUGAUACUCUUGGCAAUUCGUCACGCUCACCUUUCCACCUCCAAUGAUAUCAAUUCGACAGAUGGGUCUGAUGACGAAUCGGACAUACCUCCAGCGCUCAAGCACUUCGUGCGAUACGUACGGGAGGGAGGCGAGCGAAAUCUAUCUAGCUCACCAGCCCUUAGACAUGCUUGCCAACAUUGGGGUUGGUAUCUCUCUCAGGGUUCAACGGUCGUGGAUACACAUCUGCGCACAUAUCUGCGUGCCUUUUGGCAGGAUAAGCUACUGUCGUGGUUUGAAAGGCAGUGGUAUUUGGGGGGUUUAGAAUCAUGCAUAGCCAUCCUGACCAUUGUACAGACCAUCAAUUUCAAUGAGUAAUUUGCUUAAAAUUCUAAUUUACGAUGUAUAUUACUUGAUAACCUCUGUCGCAGAGCUGCUCUAUGCGGUUAAACCACUUAGC